AUGCGUCUUUCUCCGAGCUUCAUGGCGUUGGCGCUCUCAUCUGGGAGCUUGCUGUUGGCAAUCUUCCUGUUUGAGUUCUACAAGCAAUACAUCAGCAAUGAUGACAAACCAAGCCGGCUGACAACCACAACAACUUUCACAACAACCAAUCACCACCAUCACAGAGACACCCACCUUCGGCAUAUCCUUAAAAGCGCGAAGGCGGAACGUCACCUGGCCCGAAACGGCUUCAUUCAACUUGGAAGUCAAAUCGAUGGACCUGCCCAAUUAUCAGGCCUUGGGUUUUCAAUCGACAUGAACGGAGACGGAAGUAUCAUUGCUGUUGGGAGCACUACGUUCCACGUUGUCUUCGAAUUCAGUGGAAGUGAUUGGGUUCAGAAAGGCAGUGUUAUUCAAUGUGCGCAGGACCUAACUUCCACUGGUAUAAACACAGUGGCGAUUUCAUCAAAUGGGCGCUUUCUGGUCACGGCCUGUGCAGUGGACGACCAGGCCGGGGUUGAUGCUGGCAUGGUUGGCGUCUGGGAAUAUGAUGACACCAACAAUGACUGGAGUAACCGCCAGGUGUUUCUUGGCGAAUCUCCUGGCGAUCAACUUGGAUAUAGUGUUGCCAUAUCUGACGAUGGAGUCUUCUUGGUGAUUGGAGCUUCAAACGCCUAUGAUGGGCUCGGAGAAGUGUAUGUCUAUGGGUACAACUUCUGGCCCAAUAUGACGAACCAGUAUGCCCCAUUUCAAAAUCUGACUGACAAUUAUCUUCGAGAUAGCACCGGAAAUGAGACGGCAACAAGUGACAUAGAAAGUUUUGGGAAUUCUGUGGCCCUCUCCAACAAUGGGCGGCGAUUGAUUGUGGGGGCCCCUGGUGACGAUUCUAGUGUUGCCUUUAACAUUGGGCAAGCGUUUGUAUUCGAAUUGACGACCGAUGUUACUGGUUCCUCGUACUAUAUUCUCAUCAGCAGGCCGUUGGAGGCAGAGGGAGUUGCCGACCAAUUUGGGUUCGCAGUGGCAACCAAUGGCGAUGGGUCAAUCUAUGCCAUUGGUGCUCCUCUCAACAGUGGAAGCACCACCACUCUUACUGGCCAUGUGAGAGUGUAUCGGAGAGGCAUGCCUGGUGAAGAUGAGGCACUGAUUAAAAUUGGAAGUGACAUUGAUGGAACUGCACAAGGUGACUUUUUUGGAAGCUCCGUUGCCCUUUCGGCCGAUGGGUUGACAUUGGUUGUUGGUGCAUGGUUAGCAAACCGGGUUCCUAUAGACGCUAAUCUGACUCUUUCGGGUGGCCUUGCAAAGAUGUAUCAUUUCGACGGAACUGAUUGGCAAUCAGUGGAAUUCAACCGGACCAGAAGAGACGAACUGGGCGGCUUCCCCGAAUUUUUUGCCUUUGGAUGGGAUGUAGAAAUCUCCCAUUCUGGAGAUCGAAUUGUUGUUGGCUCUCCCCUUAACUUUCAAAAUGCCACUUUCGUCGGGGUUGGCCGUGCCUCCACUGCUGGUGCAACGUCGUCGUUCUUUGGUGCUAUCUGGCAGCAAGUCCAGGGCGAGUGGAAUGCAGCAUGGGAUUUCAUGACUGCCCUCUUUGCAGAUGAUGAUGAUAUUGAGAGUGAGGUGCCCUGA